ACAAAUCAUUGACCCGACUCUAAGAAGUGCUUUUGUCUUUGCCGUGACAUACUCCAAUAUUCCACUACCACAUAAACACUUACUUAACACAAGAAAUGUUGUACCGCCAGACCUCAAAGGCAAAUUGGAGCCACAUCUGUUAGUGUGGAGAAUUGGCAAGGCUGAAGUCCCUGUGAAGAAGCAGAGGGAAACUAGAAACGUCUGUGAACCAGCUAAGUGAGAAUUUACGGGAACAAUAUGAAAGGCAGACAUGAAGAGCCAGGUAUGAGGAUAUGAAAGUGAUGGAACCCAGUAAAUCAUCAAACGUGACCAGAGUGAAGGAGUCCAUCAGUGAAAGUCUGGGGAAAAUGGCUUUCUCUCAUUACUUGGAAAGAGUGGAAACUAUGAGAAGUUUCUGGGAAGAGAAAACCAGGGAGCCAGAUGGUAGCACUGAAGACGAUGAGGUGAAAGAUGAAAAAUCAAAUAAUCUAAAAGGGAAGCCGUACUCGAGUACUAAAGAAAAAAAAUCCCAGAAAAAGAAGAAACCGCCAGAUUCUGCAGUGAGUUCAGCUCAGAAGAAUGCACUCAUUUUGUCUGAUAAGAAGAUUCAGAAAUUAAAUAAAGAAAAUGUUGACAAAUCUAGUGUCCUAGUGGUUCAGGGAGAUGUCAAAGAAGCUCAUCUCCUGGCAGAACAGAGAACUCCAACAAAACUCAAAGAAAAGCCACUUGAAGAGGAGGAUGGAGCCUUUGAGUCAGAGUCUUCAAGCCCUACAAAGAGCAUUGCCCCAGAUGUGGCUGACACUGUUUUGGAGGCUUACUCUGGUGACGAGAACAAAGAUGAAUGCAUAACUGAGGAGGAGCAAAGUGAAAAGGAUGAAUCAGAGGAGAGUGAGCAAACAACUGAUGAGCCAGAGAAAACAAGAAUUAUGAUCGAAAACCUAAAACAAGGGGCAAAAGGGGCUGAAGAAAAGAUGGAUGAAGUAUACAAAGAGCUAAUUAUGGAACAUAAGGCUAAAGAAGAAAGUGAACCUUCAAUAAAAGAAGAAAAUGAACCUCUAAUAAAAGAAGAAACUGAACCUCUAAUAAUAGACGAGAAUGAAGAAGCAGAAGGAAAAGACAUACAAGCCGAUAAAUCCAAUAAAGUAGUUGAGCUGGAUUUAUGUGAAGACACAGGCUCAGACGUUAUCAUUAUGGAGGAAUCCAAAAGCACCGUAGAAGUUUUGCCAAUGGAGGAAGUACCCGAGGGUCAAGAGCUUGUUGGGCAUAGCAAGAACUGCAUUGUCUUGCUUCAGAGAUAUGAAGAUAGUGAAACCGAAGCUGGUGCUUUCCUAGCAGCUGCAGCAGAGCCUGAAGUCUCAGCAGAACCAGAGGCCGUAGCUUCAGACAAUACUGAGCUAAGUGAAGCCAGGUCCCUCGGCACUCCCAGUAAAAAAAGAGUGACUGAUGAAGACCUGAUUAAGGAUGACGACAAGAAGAGCAGAGUGGAGGAAAACGCCAAGAGUGAACAGAGAACAGCCCAGCCUGAGUCAAACGCAGAGAUACCUGUGGACAGUCAGGAGGAAAAUAAAAAACUGUCUGACAAAGCUGAGGAAGAGGAAAACACACCAGUUGUGAUUGAUGACAGCCCUCCCGCUCCUGCACCAUUUGAACAUCGGAUUGUCUCAGCCAAACCAGCAAAGAUCAGCAACCACUAUACUGUCCACAAAUCGGAUGUUCUUGGAGGAGGGCGAUUUGGACAAGUACACAAGUGUGUAGAGAAAUCAACAGGUCUCACCUUAGCUGCUAAGAUUAUUAAAGUCAGAUUCGUAAAGGAUAAGGAGGAAGUAAAGAAUGAAAUCCAAGUCAUGAACCAGCUAAAUCACACAAACCUCAUCCAACUCUACGAUGCUUUUGAAUCAAAGAAUGACAUUAUUCUGAUCAUGGAAUAUAUUGAAGGUGGAGAACUAUUUGACAGGAUAAUAGAUGAGAGCUGCAAUUUAACAGAACUAGACACAAUCUUGCUCACAAGGCAGAUUUGCGAAGGGCUUCGGUACAUGCACCAGAUGUAUAUUGUUCACCUGGAUCUGAAGCCUGAGAAUAUCUUGUGUGUUAACCGAGUAACCAAUCAAGUAAAGAUAAUUGACUUUGGCUUUGCGAGAAGAUAUAAGCCUCGAGAAAAACUAAAAAUACAUUUUGGGACUCCAGAAUUCCUCUCUCCUGAAGUUGUUAAUUAUGAUUUUGUGUCAUUUCCUACGGAUAUGUGGAGCCUGGGAGUAAUUACCUACAUGUUGCUCACCGGACUUUCUCCAUUCCUUGGAGAGGAUGACAAUGAGACCCUGAACAACAUUCUUACCUGUAGUUGGGACUUUGACGAUGAAGAAUUUGACAAUGUCUCAGAGGAUGCCAAAGAAUUCAUAUCCAAACUUCUCAUCAAGGAAAAGGGGGCAAGAAUCAGUGCUGCCCAGUGCCUGAAGCAGACUUGGCUAAAUAACAUUGCAGAGAAAGCCAAACAGUGUAAGGUUCGUCUCAAGUCCCAGAUCCUUCUUCAGAAAUACAUGGUGCGACGGCAAUGGAAGAAAACCUAUCAUGGAGUAACAGCUACAAACCGAUUCAAGAAAUUCAACAAUUCUGAUGCUUCAGCCUCUGUAGAAGCAUGAGCUGCCUCUGCUAGUUGGAUCAACACACCUUUGCUUUUCAUCUACAGCAGUAGAAAACUGGAUACGAUACACAUCACUGAACCACCUUACUUCUUUGCUAAUCCAAGGCUGUUAGAUAAUAAUAAUAAUAAUCCUUGCAUUUGAUAUAGUGCCUUAUCUCA